CUCAGACAGCCUGAAAUGAAAGUUAAAAAAAAAAAAAAAAAAAACCAGCUGACGAGUAUUCAGAGAAACUGAAACAGUAUUUCCUUCUUGCUGGAAACUGAAAGUUACUAUCAACAUGGACGCCAAGCCUCAGAGCAAGAGAAUAGCUUUGGAUAUCAGGGAAUGGGAGCAGACAUUUCAAGAACUGAUCUGUCAGGAGAAACCCUGGGCCAGAUGGACCCUGAAGAUGGAUGGAAGCCUUCGGCCAGACUGUGUGGCCCAGGGGUGGAAGCAAUACCAGCAGAAAGGAUUUGGCAGGUUCUCGUGUUCCUCAUGCCGUCGAGGCUGGGCUUCUGCCCAAGUGAAGAUCCUAUGUCACAUGUACCUGGAGAACCAGAAAUCCCCAGGCAAGGUGCUCAUGCGGAUCUUUGGACAGAGGUGCAAGAAGUGCUCCCGGUCUCAGUUUGAGAAGCCUGAUUUCUCCCCGGAAAGCAGAAAUAGGAUUCUGCAAAACCUGGUGCAGCGUGUUCUGGAGAAAUUCUACAGAAAUGGUUUCAGGAAGGUUUCGGAGUUACCCGUGAUCCCAGAAGUACCUUUGAAGGGGUCCCACGACACGGCCAAUUGUGAAGCAUGCGUCCUGGGCUACUGUGUACUGAACUCAGAAAACGGCAUGACAGGGCCAGAAAGAUCCUCUGUCUCCUACAUGGAGACUGGGAGUUCCUCUCCUCACAAUGGUGACAAGUGUGGCCAAAACCGAUCUAGGAACCACUUAGCAGUGGGGAGUGGGUAUUCUGGCACCCAUAUAGGCUCAGGGCCCAGCCAUGUCACUGCUGGGAUCCAAGUGCCUGGGAAAGGCCCUCAGCCUAAACGGGAGAUGGGCCAGCUGUUCACACCAGGGGCAGAUCGACAGGCUGCACGGGCAACUGGCCCACAGCCCAUCCGAGUAGCAGGAUCACUUCCCCCAGGGUGGACAGAUCCACGGCCCAUUCAAGCAGUAGGCCCACUACCUACAGGGCAUGCAUAUUCACAGUCUACACGGGGGAGAGGACCACAGGCCCCCCGGAUGACGUACUCUCAGGCUAUAAGGAAGUCAGGCCAGCAGUCAACACACAAGGCACAAGCCACAAAAGGGGCACAGCUUCAGGCCACAAAGGUGACAGAACCACAGCCCACCAGAGUGACAAUCCCAAGGGCCACAUCAGGAUCAGACAGCCAGGCUAAAGGGAUGACAGGCCCCCCACCACAGAGGUCAAGCUCACAGCCUACACGGGAGGCAAUCCCGAAGGUCACAGUAGGGUCAGACAGUCAGGCUAAAGGGAUGGCAGGCCCCCCACCACAGAGGUCAAGCUCACAGCCUACACAGGAGGCAAUCCCGAAGGCCACAUCGGGGUCAGACAGUCAGGCUAAAGGGAUGGCAGUCCUCCCACCACAGAGGUCAAGCUCACAGCCUGCACGGGAGACAAUCCCAAAGGCCACAGUAGGGUCAGACACUAAGGCUACAAGGAGGGCAGGCCUCCCACUGGGGUCAAGCUCACAGCCCACACGGCCACAUGUAGGACCUUCAUGUGGAAGUCAAGCUGCCUGGGGCAGGGAGGAGAGGUACUCACCUGGAGGGUCUGUAUCAGACAGCUUUUUCAGAUUACCUCCUUCAAAUGAUCUCCGUAACCAGGAGCAGCUGUUCAGGUGGGGCUAUGUCUGUAUUUUUGCUCUGUUUACCUUUCUGGUGUCUAAAUACUUAUGAGUAGAAUGAUG